CUGAUAUAGUAUCAAGUACAAGCCAUUGCGCGUACGGGCGCAGCCUCUGCCUGGGACACUACGAAGAAGAAGAAGAAGAGCGUCACGGUAGCAACAGAUUUAACAGGCGCCACACGCAUCACAGGCUACAACAACAACAGCAGCAGCAUGGCCGCAAUGAAGAAACCUGCACACAAGACCUCGUUUGCCGUCAAUGCUCCCCCUGAGCAUCGCAUUCCCCCGGUGGAGGGACAGUCCUUCCUGCUCGCCACGCAGCCAGACUCGGCGGAUCGAAACCAGAACAGAAAGCCACUGCUUGCGCCUUCUAACAUCUUCGAGUCAACUCUUUCGUACACCAGAAGGCAAAGCACGUCUGCUAUAAUUGAGCAACUGGUGCCCGUCGACCACUCCAUGCCGUCACAGACGACCAGCACCCGCUACUCGCUUGAGGGCUGGCGGCGCCACUGGCCGCACUGGCGCGCAGCGCAGCGCCUCAGCGAGGCCCUGCUGGUGCUGCUGUACCACGCGUACUUGGCGUGGUGCGUACAACACGGCUGGCACCGCGGGGGCUGGUGCAGCGGCGGGCGCUUCCUACUGGCGCUCACACUGCUCGUCUACGUCUCCCUGGCGGUGUUCGGUGCAGCAGCGUCUCUCGAGGCGGUCGCCAGGAGUAGGCCCGGCCUGGGCGGACUAUUCGCUUGGAGGAACAGAAUAUGGGGCACGUGUCUGGCGGUUCUGUUCGGGGCAAUGCUGUGGGACAUGAACGGUGAAUUGAAGCGAAUGUCUUCGCUGGCCGGAAUCGUGCUCUUGCUGCUGCUGGGCUACGUGUUCUCCAAGAAUCGCAAUCGGAUAUCGUGGGGUCCGGUGGUGGGCUGCAUCGCUGCCACAUUUUUAGCCGGCCUGGUUCUUCUUCGGUUCGACCUAGGAGCGCCGCUGGCGAACUGCGCCGUGAGCAAGCUGCGCAGCUACGUCUCCUGGCUUACGGCUGGCGGGCGCUUCGCUUUCGGGUACCUGGCGCAGGGGGCGAACAUGAGCCGACACCUGACGAACGCCACGCCCGUCGUACGGGACGGCAUCGCCGACGUACCGCCUGUGUUCGCGUUCAGCGUCCUGCCCUCGCUCUGCUACAUGGCUGCGCUCUUGCGGAUACUGUACUACGUGGGCUUCAUGCAGGCCUUUCUAGGCAACAUCCACCACUACGUCAACGUUGGCCCAAGCUUCAACUCCUACGAGGUCUUGAUCGCACUCGUCAGCGCUGUGAACGGCCCCGUGGAGUCGAUGCUGAUCGUACACCCGUACCUGCUGACUAUGUCGAGAUCCAGCCUGCACUGCAUCCUCACUCUCGAUUGCGGCACCGUCUCGGGACGGCUUAUGCCAGUCUACGUGGACCUCGGGGUGAAUUCGACGUACCUCGUGAGUGCCACCAUCUUGAGCGUCCCGGCAGCUCUUGCAUACUCAAAAUUGGUGUACCCCGAGACAGAUGAGAAUAGCCAGUUGAUAUUGGAAUACCACAGUCCCGAGAGGAACCUGAUCGAAGCCAUCCUCACGGGUGCCAUGAUCGGUGUGUACCUCAUGUUGGCGGUGGCCGGAAACAUGCUCACCUACGCUUCCGUGGCCCGGUUCUUCGACGCCUUAGUAGCCUGGACGGCAAACAAUGUGGGCGUCGACGAACUCACUCUGCAGCGGUUGGUGGAGAUGGCGUACCGGCCCCUGGUGCUCCUGAUGGGCGUCUCCUGGAGGGACAGCCACUCCGUGGCGCAGCUGCUGGCCAUCAAAGUGUUCCUCAAUGAGUACGUCGCCCUCACCGCAUUCGUCAAGACGGCGCACAACCUGGAGGAGCGCUCUCGCAUGCUGGCCACGUUCGCGCUGUGCGACUCCUCCAACGUGGGCGUGGCGGGCACCAUCGCGAGCUUGCUGAGCAUGCUGUGUCCGCGCAGGAGUGAGCUGUUCGCCAGCGUCGUGGGGUACGCGUUCUUCUCCAGCUUAGCUACGUCGGUGCUCGCCGCCUGCGUUGCCGGCUGCUUGACCCGAUGACAACGUUUUGAAGAAACUGCCAACGCUGCCCUUUGGCCUUCUUUUUCAUUCUUCAUUACUGUGCAGGAAAUGUAUUCGACCAUGCUGAUACAACAUAAGAAAACUUUGUGUUCUAUAUUGCCCUAAGUUCCAAGGGACGAAAUAUUCGGAAAAAUGCGAACUGAAUUGAAGCUUUGUUCUUCGUCGACUUAUAGCCGGUAAACUAUUCCACGGCACGACAAAAACCAGGCUUGCAGCCUCCAUUAUAAUACGCUUAUAUACUUCCUCUUGUA